CGGCUAGGUCGCGUAGUGCGCAUGCGCGAGCCCAUAGUGGCGGUUUGGUCCGUUCGCCGUUCCGUAGAAGCAGAUUUGCAGUGCAGCCUGGCACCAUGGACGCCAAUCAGCCCAAGCAGGAGCAUCUGCUGGCCCUGAAAGGUACAGACUGCGGGCAGUGGUGAUCGGUCAGGGCGGGGGAGCCGGUGUCUGUGCCUCUACAUACACUGUUACCGUGUGUCUAGGAGUCACUUCCGCACUGUCCCAGGCAGGGCUCCGGGGAUAACCCCCCAAUGCGGCCACACCGUGAGCUCCUAUACUAUAAUAACCGGGGGGGGUGUAACUGGACUAGUAUAACCUAGUGUUAUUAUUGAUUGGGUUACAGUCACUACUCAACCAAACUUCUGGAAUAAAAGGGAAUCAUGACAUGUCAUGUGUCCUUAAGGGGAUAAACAGAAACUUUCAUUAUUUAUCACAUCAUUCUUUUAGUAAAUAGGGCUUUCCAAGUCUGUUUACACUCUUUAGGGGCCCAGGCAUUACUUAUAUUGUAGUAAUGGCUGAGCCAGGGGUGGCCAGAAGGUAACUCUCCCACCUAUUGCACUAACUAUCCUGGGAUGCUCUGACAGCCAUAAUACUGUUAUAACCUCACUUACUGCUACCCAUGACUUCACCCAAUAACCAUGCUAAGAGUUGAUACAUAAUAAUAGACAAAUUUAACAGCCAUGUAAAUAAGUGUAUGUUUUUAUAUAUGUAACCACACAUUUCCAGUUUGACAUCUUUCUACUAGUAGGGCUGUGAAGUAAUCGGUGUAAAUGUGAUAUUGGUAUUUAUACUCCGCUAUAAGCUCUGAAUUGAUUGGAUUUCAUUAGGAAAUUGUAAAUUUAAGGUAAAAAAAUCGGAAGUAGAGCUUACUUGGAGUAGGUUUCCUGUUAGAAUGUUUUAGGUUAAAAUUUGCAAUUUUCUGAGCUGCUGACAAUUCCCAGUUAAAUGAAAAAUGAAAACCCCUCUCUUUUUCAUUAGUGAUAGACAUGAAUAAAACUACUAAAGGUUUCUGUAAUUUUUCAUUGGUAACGUCAUGUGUGUCUAGCUAAAAUAAAAGGAAUAGCAGCCAUUUCUUUGUUUUAGAAAGCUAAUGGCAUAAUUACAUAUCAGAAAAAAAAUCUGACAGCUGAAGCAGUGGAUAGACUCCUGCGCAUAUUCUGUUAAGAGGAAAUUCAGAGCAGUGUGUUUUUUGUUUUUUUAAAUGUAGUUAAGCUCUGCAUUUUAAAUGCAUUAUUUUUAAAAUGAGUAAGGGGGCGUCUGACGUUUCCUUUCAGGAUUACUAUAGUCACAUUGUAAUUGAUGUUUGUGCAUAGUUUAAAAGAACACUGCAAGGACUAUGACCACAGUCCUGGUUCCCUCACAGAGUGAUUAGUGAAAACAAUUUGAUCGCUUACUUGAGUCCUACUAAAUGCCUGGUGUGAUCAUUGGCUGAGAGCAUCAGCUGAGAACUUUCAGUCAGUGAUACAGCCCCAUAAAUGAUUGUGCUUAGCUUGGGAAAUAUACCUUCUCCCACAGGAGUUGCCUGAUGCUGCACCGGUACCCAGGGGACCCAGGUAAGUUGGUUAAACGUACACUCCAGUGCCAGGAAAUCAAAUCAUUUUCCUGGCACUGCAGGUCCCCUCCCAUCCCAUGUUGCUGAAGGGGUGAAAACCCCUUCAGUGACUUACCUGAGAAAACCACCGAUGUCCCUCGGUGGUGGUUUAGGGUCCGCCCACGGUCCUCCCCUGCCAAUGUCAGCCGGCAGGGGAGACCGUUUGCCCAUGCGCAGCCGCCAACUGGAUGAGACCUAAUGCGCAUGCUUAAAAUGCUUUCCUAUGGGGAUUUUAGCAACGCUGGAGGUCCUCACAUAGUGUGAGGACGUCCAGCGACGCUAUAGACCAGGAAGUGCCCUCUAGUGGCUGUCUAGCAGACAGUCACUAGAGGAGGACUUAACCCUGCAAGGUAAAUAUUGCAGUUUAUAAAAACUGCAAUAAUUACACUUGCAGAAUUAAGGGUAGUGGGAGUCGGCACCCAGACCACUCCAAUGGGCAGAAGUGGUUUGGGUGCCUGGAGUGUCCCUUUUUAACUGUCCUUAAAUGGUUUGACUACUUUGAGAGGGUGCAGAGCACCCCUGACACCAUAACCACUAUAGCAUGUGGAUAUGGAGCUUGGGAUGUUUCUAUGUCCCCAGUCAGAAAAGGUAUGUUGGAUAUUGGUGCUUUAUGUAGGCAAAGUAAAAGGUUCUGACAAUCCCCCCAAAAAUGUUAGUUAUAUGUAAUUAACUUUUAUAUGCCGUUUGCAUAUAGCUUGGGAUAUAGUAUAAAUGUUACUGGAUGUUGAUGUCUUGUCUCUCAAGAAUGGAAACCAAGCUGCACAUGACUCCAACUAUGCUUCUACUUUAGGUCACUAUUUCCGAUGAUAUCUUGGAACUGCUCUGCAAUGCAUCUAUGAGAGGAGUUAAAUGGAAUGGAAAAUGACUCUUGGUGUAUUCUGAAUGUUUAAAUUGCUUGUGUGGAAGCCACUCAGCAUUACCCAAGGACAUUUCUAACUGAUUUUUUUUUUUUUUUAAACAUAUAUAUAUUUUUUUUUUUUUAUCAGACAAAUACAAGCAGAACAAAGAUUUCAGUUUAAUAUAAAUUCAUGAAGAAAGUCAAAGAACAAUCCUUCUUAAGAAACAUUUUCUUGAAUAAGUAUUUAUUUAUUGCAAGGAAUUACUAUGUGAAAAGAUUUAUACAUUGAUCUCCAUUUUGCUCAUGUUCUAAAAACGAUGACAUUGGAAUGGAAGUGAUUGUGCAUUAUCGUCCUUCCAUUAAUCAAAAGGAAGUGAUACAAAAAAUUGCAGAUGGUGCAUUAGAACAAUUCCCUGUUCGAAAUUUGCCAACAUUUUCUCCUUGGUUUCCAUGUAAUAUACCUAGAUUUGCCCUCAAACCUCAGAUAAACCCACCUUUAAUCUCACAGGAAGAUGUAAAGUACAUCAGUCCAUGCACUGUUAACUCGGAGAAUGUCGGGAGGUGUAAAGGCUACGAUUGCACUAUGGAUCUAUUAGAAUUUAAACCAAGUACAAAGAAUGAAGGUGACCAGCACUCUAAGGAGAUCGUUAACUAUGAAAAUACAUUCAUUGAAGGACAGGCAGCAGAACCUGGUAAGACUAUGCUUAGAAGAUCCUGGAGUCUUUGUACUUCUAGAUGUAACUGGCCAGAAACCAUCAUUCCCCUUUCUGAGGAGCUGAAGAACCAUCUAAAUACCCUGCUUCUAAAUCCAUUCCACAGAGGCUGGUGGAGCAUUGAGCCAUCGAUGUGUGGCGGUCUAAAUUUGGAAGAGGUUUGGAUGAAACUAAACCGUAUAAACAAAUACCAUUAUCUUCCAAGCUGUAAUGCCACAUUACGGAGAGAUCUACCUGAAAUCUGGGUUUUCUGUGACUUGAAAUACUGUGAACAUACUGGCACAUUCCUUAAAGAAGAAUUAAAACUUACUGGGAAAAUGAAGUUGUAUGUCCGUAAACAUGGAAUUAUAUUAUAUUUGUAGCAUAAUCCUUAUGUAAACAUAUUUUGAAUUAUAACUUAAAUACUGCAUCAAAUAAGGAUGAAUUUUUCUUUAUUUUUUUAAUGAAAGUUUAUAAAUGUACAAAAUAAAUUCUCUUAGCAAAAAUGUGUUCUUAGUGUUAUUUUGUUUGUCACUAGACUUGGCAAUUUUCAAAGUUUUAAAGGAACACUAUAGGGUCAGGAACACAAACACUUAUUUCUGAACCUAUAGUGUUAAAAACACUAUCCAGCACCGUCUGGCCCCCUAAAUAUAGUAAAAUCUUAUCUUUAUUCCAGUCUGCUGGUUCUGCCCCUGAUCUGCCUCCUUGGCUGGCAUCAUCAGAAGCCAAUAACAAUGCUUUCUUAUCAGAGGCCGGCCUGGCAGGCAGAGCCAAAGGCCACCCUGGCCAGUCAGCAUCUCCUUAAUUGCAUCAAUGCAUCUCUGAGGAAAGUUCAGUGUCUCCAUGCAGAGGGUGGAGACACUGAAUGUGUGCAGCACUGCCCCAGGAAGCACAUCUAGUAGCCAUCUGAGUAGUAGCCACUGGAGGUGUUACAGGGUUCUCUGAAAAAGGGUUUACUGCAAAAAGCCUGCAGUGACUGACCAUACUCGCCAAAAAAAUUACUUUGAACUGCAGUUGUUCUGGUGAUUAUAGUGUCCCUUUAAAUGUACAAUAUGAAUUGAAAGAUUGGUUUGCUUUAAAUUGAGUAACACAAUGUUCCAAUAACGUGGAGAACAUUUAUACAAUUGUCUAUCGGUGGUACAUGGCCCCAUCCAGGUUACAUAAAAUUCAGUAUUUCCAAUAAACAUUGCUAUGCAUGCAGUCAAAUUUGGUUUACUUUCUCAUAUUUGGUGGCAUUGUCCCAAAUUUCUAACAUUUUAGAAAGAAAUUCACAUAUUAAGAUAAUUUAUCAUUCACUGUAUUAAUACCCGAGUUAAGUCUGAAAGCAGCUACGUCUUCAGUCCAUAGAUACCUUAAAGCAUCUAAUAUACCAUCUGAUAAAGAGGCUCUGUAUCUAGUGCUAGAUGGCAAGUGUUACGAAAUGACUUGGAUAUCCAUCUUCUUUGGUGGACCAAUUAAAAUUCACUGGAACACAUGGGAAGAUAAUACCAAACAGUCAAAAAGACUCCCAAUUGACCUAUAAUAUUAUACAGUUUCAUAACUGUCAUAGACUAGAUAGUUUACACCUUUAAUGAUUUAUUGUGUAUAUACUUGUUUUAUUAUGUUCAUGCAAUUUUUUUUUAAAUCAUUGUAUUGUUUAACUAUGAACAUUUAACCUUUAAUCCCCUUUUCCCCUUUUUAUUUAAUUGAUAUUGUUUGUUGUAUUACUAAUUUUAAAACAAAAAGUUCAAGUUUAAUAAAAAAAACAUUUGACUAGAAAGCUAUUUUAGCCAUUCUAAAUUUAUAAUUACUAUAGGUGUAUAUAAUACAGUGUUAUUCACUAAAGUGUGACUUGUUUAGAAUUCAAAGUGUAUUUAAAAAUUUACACCAAAAUAGCAGAAGAAAAAAAUCAGCUAUGCUUUAAGUUUGGCUAUUUUUUUUACUUACUUUUUACCCUUAAAUGAAUUACCCCGAUUCAAAAAUGUCCUAUUUUCCAUCGACCAAAUAAAAUUGGUGUUCUUUUUUAAAGGACCACUAUAGUGCCAGGAAAACAAACUAGUUUUCCUGGCACUAUAGGGUCUUUAGGUCCCCCCCACCCUCAGGGUCCCACUCCCGCCAGGCUGAAGGGAGAAGAAGGGGUUAAAUUCUUGCCUUUCUCCAGUGCCUGGCUCCCUCAGCGCUGGGGAAAUCUCCUUCUUCCGACAUCAGCAAUGAAUGCGCAUGUGCAGCAAGAUCCGCGCGCGCAUUCAAUCAGUCCAUAGGAAAGCAUUCCCAAUGCUUUCCUAUGGACGUCCAGCUUCUUCUCACUGUUUUUCACAGUAAGAAGCGCCUCUAGCGGCUGUCAAUGAAACAGCCACUAGAGACUGGAUUAACCCUAAUGUAAACAUAGCAGAUUCUCUGAAACUGCUAUGUUUACAGCUGCAGGGUUAACCCUAGUUGGACCUGGCACCCAGACCACUUCAUUGAGCUAUAGUGGUCUUGGUGCCGAUAGUGGUCCUUUAAGUAUUCUGUUGAUCUCACAGUUACCAUACAUUUUGAGUGUACCCUUUGCAUUUUACUUGAUCUUUUUGACUUAAUUUCUUCCACUUUAAAAUAGUGGUUCUGAUUUGCCUGUGUUUAUUAGACAUUGCAUAGCAUUUUAUUAUUAAUUCAAAUUACCGUUAUUGCUCACUCACUGGCUUUUGUAUACCAAACCCAGGUAUUGUUAAAGAACUGACAAGAUACAUGCAACAUUUAUACCAUAAUAGUUAAAAUGGAAAAAUUCUCCAACAUUCCUUAUCAUUUUUUUUGCAAUUGCUGGUUUCGUAAAUAAGCCCUGUAGUACAUGCAAACCUUUGUGGAAGAGCCUGUAAAAUAAGAACUGUGUAGUUUAGAAAUUGGGGAUAUUAGCAGAGAUUAAAAUUUCAAGUAACACUUUACAAGUCAGGCCUUAAAAUUACCCAUCACUACAAUUUUCACUUGCCAAUCUAGUCCCGUGUGAAAGAUUUGAGCAGGUUUCUAUGCAGUCUAUGUAUCUGUGUAUAGUUGACCCCUUAAAGGAACACUCCAUUGUUUUUUUAAACUCCUAGAGGUUUACCCUUAAAGAAAGCAUACUUUAAUUUUUUUUUCUGCAUGGGGGUAUAUGGAAAGGGGGGGGGGUAAGCAUGUGAUAGUGACAGAAUGCAGCUUUUGCAAGCCCUUCCCUUUAUUCCUGGCACAUAAUUUAAUUGCUUCACCUAUAGCUUUUUGUAAAUCGCUGCAAUUUUAAGCCACAGUCCGGAAAGGAUUUGGAGAAACUGGCAGCCAAAAGGAGUGUAAAAGGACUUAAAUACAAGUUCAGACAGCACUGCCAUCAAUUUCCCAAACACUCACAGAUGUAUUUACUAACUAGAGAUUUGACAGGAAUUCAAAGUGAAGUUCAAGAUUUAGGCCAAUUUUAGAAAAAUUCUUCAAGUCAGAUCUGGUUUCAGUUCAACUGUUUUGGCCUUAGAUUUAAUAUUCACUUUGAAUUCCUGGCAAUUCUCAAUUUAGUAAAUAGCCCAUGUGUCUAUUCUCUAAGAUACAAGAAGGGGUUGGUUAGUAAAGACCUUUUCUCUGCACUGUGUCCACGUUGUGUAUUUCUCUCCAGGGGUGUAGAGUUGUGUGCUUUCUCCCUAACAUUUGGAAACCUAAGACCAAUAUCAAGGUUCGGGAUUGUGUAAGAUAAACUCACUUUCAUUUAUUUCCUGAAAGUGCUGUGUGUUGUGAAUUCCAUCAGCACUGAAUAAUAAAAAAAAACUUGUAUGAAUGGUAUUACUUUUAGACAGGCAUGAUGCUUAGCAUGACUUAUUUAUUUUUGAUUACGACUAAAUGUGUAAAUAUUUGAUUUAUAUUUUCCUGUCAAUUCUCCCCCUCCCUACAGUGAUGCGUCUUACCAAGCCAACCCUGUUCACCAAUAUACCAGUGACCUGUGAAGAACGGGACCUUCCAGGUAAUUGCGUGGAUUUUGUCCAUAUAAAUCGAUGACAUCCUUGUUUUUCAGCACUUAUGCCCCACAUGUUUCUGCUUGUGUCAUCACAAGGUUUUGCCCAUUUCCAGUUUAGCCAUUCAUAUAUUUGUUUGGCAUAACACUACACAGCCCGCUCACACCUUUUUUAUUUGAAAUUUUUUUAAAUUUAAUGUUUAUUCGUUUUAAUUUUUCAGUUCAAAAACAGUCAGAUCAACAUGUGCACAUACAAGAGCAGUCACUGGCCACAAAUGGUGGAGCCCGCUCACACCUUUAAAGUUAAAUGCAGGAACUGUGUACACACAUUCAGAGCACCGUGUGUUACAUUAAGUGCUGAAUUAAGACGUCCCAAUAUAACUUAAGUGUGAGUGGGCGGUCAGCAUUUUUAAAAAACGUUUUUUCGUGCCAGGAUUGCAUUAAAAAGUUAUCGUUAAACCCUUCAAUGACUGACAAGAUUUAAGAAACUGCACAAAAAUGCAAUGUAGCAUGCCAGUUACUCCCAUGUCUUUCUUUUCUUGCAGGAGAUCUGUUUAAUAACCUAAUGAAAGAUGACCCUUCCACUGUAAAAGGAGCAGAAAUCAUAAUGCUGGGAGAAAUGCUCACCUUGCCACAGAACUUUGGGUAAUGAGACAAAUGUUAACUGAAAAGAUAUAUUUUUAUGAUACAUACACUUUUAGUUAGGAUGUUUGCAUACAUGAGUUUUUUCGAGUUAAAAGGAUUCUAAAUUUCCAAGGAAACAAACCCAUUUUCCUGGCACUAUAGGCUCCUUCCAUCCCCCCCUCCCCAUUCCCCUGCGGUGCUUUAUUCAAUGCUUUCCUAUGGGGAAAAAUCUGACGCUGGAGGUCCUUCUGCAGAGCGUGAGGAUGUCCAGCGUCCGAUAACGUACCAAAGGUCCAUUUCGAUACAGGAAGUACUUCUAGUGGUUGUCUGGUAGAGGAGUUAACCGUCAGAGGUAAUUAUUGCAGUUUCUCAGUUUGCAGUUUACUGCAACAAUUACCACUGUAGGGUUAAGGGACAUGGGACGUUGCACCCAGUUCACUUGAAUGGGCUGAAGUGGUCUGGGUUCCUACAGUGUCCCUUUAAAGGAACACAAAUGUGUAUUCCUGACCCUAUAGUGUUUAACUAUUUUGAUGGUCGGCUCCCCUUUUUACUUACCUUUUAUUUCAGCGCUGGCUCUUUCCCUGAUCUGCCUCCUUGGUUGAGAUCAUCAGACGUGAUGACCUAAACCAAGGGGUGGGGGAAGGUGGCAGAACCAAACGCUGCUCUGGCCGAUCAGCAUCUUCUCAUAGAUGCAUUGAAUCAAUGCAUCUCAAAGGGGAAAGUUUAACAUCUCCAUGCAGAGCAUAUAAAAUAAGAUUUUUUUUUAAACAAUUUUUUUUUAAUGAAUAUUAGAUUUUGGUGAAAUAAGCAAACUGAAUGUGGUUUGGAUCUUAUGUUUCAACAAAUAAUUUUUCUGAAAAGGCUGUGUUUAUACUAAAAUGCCUGCAGAGACAGGCUGUACUCCCCAAAGCAAAUACGUUAAGUUGUAUUUGUUCUGGUGGCUAUGGCAUCCCUUUUAAAGCAGCACUAUUGUACCAGGAAAACAAGCUAGUUUUCCUGGCACUAUAGGGUUAAUAGGUCCCUCCCCUCCCGCUGGGCUGAAGGGUUAUUAGGUCCCCCGCCCCCCCCGCCGAUGUCAGCUCCGAAAGCGCGGCCAGAGCUGCGUGUGCAUUCAAACCGCCCAUAGGAAUGCAUUACUCAAUGCUUUCCUAUAGAUGUCAGCUUGUCCUCAAUGUGAUUUUCGUCAGGGAGACAGCCACUCCAGGCUGGAUUAACCCUGAAUGUAAACAUAGCGGUUUCUCUGAAACUGCUAUGUUUACAGCUGCAGGGUUAACACUAGGGGGAGCUGAAGUGCUCUGGGUGCCUAUAGUGGUACUUUACCCUUGUCCGGGUGUUUAUGGACAGUGUUUUUCAUGGCACUUAUGUACAGUCAGUGGAGCAGCUGAGUGCAAGAGAGGAAUCACACUCUCAAUAUCCCUAGGGCAGUGAUGACUAGCCUUUUGGCACACCAACUACUGAUGAUAUCUGUUAUGAUCUUGUCUGUUCAUUAAAUGCUUCCCCCUACUUUUUUCCUCUUUUGCCCCAAUAGAAAUAUCUUCCUGGGUGAGACUUUCUCCAGUUAUAUAAGCGUUCACAAUGACAGCAAUCAAGUCGUCAAAGACAUUCAAGUAAAGGUAAUCAGUUUAUUUGAAAAUGUGUUUGUUUCGUGUGGAGACCUUUCAUUAAAUGGUUACUCUUACCUUUUUUUUUUCCUUUGUGCAUAGUGGGCAUUAUUCUUUAGGCCCCCCUCAUACACUCUAAAAUAAGUAUAAAAAAAAACCCAACAACUAAUCAAUAACACACCUUAGAUCCAGUGCGGGCGACGCUCUUAGUGCUGCGCUCCACUCCUCGUCUGUCACGGCAACCGUCACAAGGUUCACUCAAAUGCUUCUUUUAUAGAGCAGUAUUGAAGUGGACUUUCUCAAAGCGCAUGUGCACACUUCCCUGAAGAGAGAUGUAAACUUUGCACAGAAUUGAAGUCUCAUGUGCCGGGAGUGCAACCAGCCCCUAACACACAAGUGUAAACAUCUUUUCAUCUUCAGCUACUUUGGUAUAAUAGUUCAAAUUCACCCAAAAAAUAAUAAUCAAGAUUUUACAAGUAGGAUUUCAAAGUGAAUUUUACCAGGGAUUUUGUCUCUCCGUUAUAAGAUAUGUCAAAUGUAUCCUUCAGUUGAAUCAUAUUCCUUUCCCUCCUUGUGGAGGUUCUGAAUGUUUCUAUUUCCUCAGCUGAAUGGAAGUAUAUAUUUUCUGUACACUGAGGGAUUUCUGGCAUAGAACAACAUAGGAAAAUGAUUUACAAUUGGUACAUGAUCCUUGAUAAUAUCAUUUAGACUACACAUUACCUGUCAUUUGCAUAGAUGUUCUCUUGAGCAGGAUCCCUGCUUCAUUUUUGGUGGGCAUGUGAGAAGUGCAUACAUUGAUUUUAUCAUUUACAGGGACUGUAAAACUAAAGAUGGUCAUGUUCUCAUCUCUGCAAUGACCUUGACUGCUAAACUAUGAGAAUUAGACAAGUGGCUGUCUAACUCCUUUCUGAGGGACUGAGUCUCCAAGAAAUGGUUGUGGGAGACUAAAUGCCUAAACUAAAUGCCCUCCCCCAACACUCAAUUUGGAAUACUGUGAGGCUUUUUUUACAAGAUCAUUUUUGUAAAAAAAAAAUUUUUACAUUCACAUUAGUGGUAUUGAGUCAUAAUGUUGGGUUUGUCUAAUAGUAGAUUUACAGUGUAACAAGUCUAACCAAUUUUAUCUUGUGUAACUGAUGGUCAGGUCAUGUGCUUUACACUUCUUUGUUUUGAUUUUGUUUAUUUGUGUUGUCUAUCCCUCUACUUUCUCAACGUAUGUACUAUUUCAUGUUUGAAAAUCAAUAAACAUAUAAAAUACAAAAAUCAAGUUGACAAUUACAAAAUAUCACUAUUAUAACAUCACACACAUAUAUAAAAAUAUAUCUCUCAAGAUGAGUCUUACACCUUAUGAAAAUCAAUUUAGUUCUCUGAACAUAAUGUUACAAUUUUAUUUUCACACAUGAUUUAUUUUUUUCUUUAUGUCCCUUUCAUAAAUUGAGUUUGUCACUGAGAUAUUUAAGCUGAAUGCAAAGGAGAAAAAUAACAUUGUGGCAAUAGAUGGCAUAUAAAUAUGAAAAUUCAGAGAAGUGCAAUAUAGAGUGGUGUUCAUCUAAUCUGUCACACAUUGCCCAAUGUAGGAGAUGACUGGUCUUCACGGUGACCGCCAUAAAUGUAAUUUUGUGCCUAAAAUUGAACAUCGUGUACACAUCUACACCACAAUAUGUAUAAAUUAUAUAUUGUCUUUAUAUUAAGUGCCUAGUUUCCUAAGCUUUAACCUCAAAGUUGAUUGUUAUCAAGGCCAAUAGUGAUUGUACAUAAGUUCAGUUUUAGUUACUAACCUAAAUAAUAUUGCUCUAAAAUCUCUCUGUAUUCAAGGCUGAUCUCCAGACGAGUUCCCAGCGGUUAAACCUCUCUGCAUCCACUGCUGUAGUGGCUGAGCUGAAACCAGACAGCUGUAUUGAUGAUGUAAUUCAUCAUGAAGUGAAAGAAAUCGGAACACACAUGUAAGUAAAACACUGUUUCAUUUUCACUUGGCAAGAUUUAUUUCUUACACUGCGAGCACUUCAACAAUGACACUAACAUGCUGACUUAGCUGCCACGUCAUCCCUGGUUUUAUAUUCUUCCUGCAAAACAGAAGACAUGCAAAUCAGAAAUACCACGACCUCAACUACAGCACAUGCAGAAAGUAGGAACCUCCUGUAGGAGCUCUGUAUGUUCAACGUGUGUAGUGAAUCAAGUUUUGCAAGAUGCUAAGCUAGCUGUACUGCUUUUGUAUGGAACCCAUUUAUUAACUAAAGUAGCAAGCAAGUGAAUUCGUCACAGCUUUCUAAAUUCUCCAAAAGAUGAUUCUUGAACCAGUCCUCAGAAUUCCCAGUAACCUGUCACACUCUCUCUGAAAUUCAAAGGAAUCAUUUUUGCUUCUCUUUUUUUCCAGUUUAGUAUGUGCUGUAAGUUAUACCACCCAAGCUGGAGAGAAAAUGUACUUCAGGAAAUUCUUCAAGUUCCAGGUAAACGUUAAGCAAAAUAGAAUUACUUUUAAGAUAUUAUGACAAACAAAAAAUUUGGAAUUUGUUUCCCCUCACACUCCCACCCUUUGAAAUAUACGCAAACAAGUAAAUUAAUUGUAUUAAGCAUGUGCAAUGCCUUUUUUUUGCAUGAAUUGUUUAUUUGUAGGCAGGCAUCAUACUUAACAAGCAAACCAAAAAUGAGCUCUGCAUGCUUGGAUUCUAGCAAAGCCCCUGAAAACUAAAAUUGUCGCUCUGGAGACUGGACAAAGGGCAAAAGGAGGAGCUAUGGGAUUAUUCCAGGCAUCAAUAGUACAUCAAUGAAUUUGAUGGGUUCGGGCCUCAUUAACAUGCUGUAUUUUUUGCAUGUUCAAAUCCUCAGUUUUGACAAAGGAGUCUUUCUGGCAUGAAGGGUGUGGCUAAUGAUGCAUGCUUAUGGUGCAGAAUUCUGCAAUAAAAAAAAUCUAUUUUUUUUAUUUUUUUUUGCGAAAACAAAGAUUUGAGAAUGGGGAAAAAAUACACCAUAUGAAUAAGGCCAAACCAAUCAAAUGCAUUCAUGUUGUAUUGGUGCCUAGAGUGUCCCUUUCUUGCAGUUCUAUAGAGAAUUGCAUCAUAUCUGCUCUUGUGUAUUCUAAAAUGUAAUUGGUAGCAAUGCAAUUUUAUUGUAGUAUGUUUACUACAAUAUUAAAGGUGGUGCUGUCAUCAUGAUAUAGCCUUAUGCUCCUAUUUUAACAGGGCACUUUAACCAACAUAACUACUACAGUCUGCUGCCAAGCUCAGCAAAUCAGUGCCCUCCAAAUUAGGAAAAAAUCUGACAUUACUAGUACAGACGACUAGCUUUGACAUUAGCAAUAUAUCAAGCAAGGGGCUGGGAGACAGGCUCCUGGGGAUUUGACGCUUUGAUUGCUCUUAGUGUAAUGAACUUGCCAUUGCCGAGUACAGUGGCAAGUUCAAUACACUAAAUUACCAUAGGAUCAACUACCAGCUGUGAUUAAAGAAGUUCCUAGAAACCAAUAUAAAGAAAAUUUAGAUAUGUGAUGAGAAAAUGCCUUUAUUUUAUAUUGUGUGGAGCUUUAUGGUUAUGGAAAGGACAGCUUUUAGGUUCAUGGUAUUUUCUUUGUACAGGUUAAAUCAUACUGCUAAAAAGUAUAUACAAGCACCUAUUCAUGACUAUUAUGCAAUAUUGAGAUGAAAUAGUAGAGCAUACUUUCCAGGGCAAAGUGCCAUUCGGCUGUAAUGUUAUAUUGGUUUCCAUGGUGAUUGUUCACACCGUAUCCCAGUUGUUGCCUUAAAUGGUACCUAUGUGAUUUCAUUUUAUGAAAUAAUUUUUUUCCCCCCAACUUAAAUAGUUUUUGUUUUCUUAGCUGUACGUUGCAGCACUUGCCAUGUUAUCCAUAAUUACAUAAUUAAUGCAAUUCACAGGAUGAUGGAUAUCACCCCCAGAUUAGAGGCAGUGCAACACUAGGGAUAUCACAUUCUCUUGCAGCAAAAUAGGCAGAACUAUGUGGGAAAAAAAAACUUAAAACGAUUAAACCCCUCCACGUUUUCCAUAUCUCCCAUAAAAUACCCCCAAAUGCUCAAGCUGACUGCCUGCCUUUGGCAGGAUAAGUAGGGCAGACUAACUUUUAUUUUCCAGGUGUGGUGAGGCAGAGAGGGCUCUGCCGGAUCAGAGAGCACACCUACAAUAUGUGACUUGACAUACAAAGUCUUUCCUUUUUGAGUGGAAGCUCACAGCUGGGAGGCUAUUCAGGUGGAAUGCAUGUACUGGUUACGAUGCGCUCCACCAAGAGAUUGCGGCACACUAUGUGCAAUGCGAUCUCAGCGCUAUGGCACCAAAUUCAAACAGGAAGGCCUUGGAGACUUUGUAUGUCAAGUCACAACUAACUGGCAGCUAGGUGCUUUUCAACUCUAUUGUAGGUGUGCUCUCACCAGCCCUCCAGCACAUCCUGUAACCUAACAAGGUAGGACUUUUUACUUUUUGUGACGGAUUACUUGGUCACUUUUAACAACUGGCACUGCACUCUAACUACCUACUCCACAACAGAUCUAUUUUCCACAAUAAAAUAUCCUUUACUUGCUGUUCCUCCCAACUAGAGAACAUAAACAACCACCCCAAGACUCGCAGGGACUCACAAAUGGCUCUCUCAGGUACAGCAAGCCCAACUGGGAGCUAACCAGGAACCUCAUGGAACUGUGACUCUGAUCACGGGAGUGCCACAGUCUGGUCAAAUUUUAAGACUGCUCUCAGCCCCAGGACCACCCAACAGGGCACUAUUUGGACGGGAGAUCAAGGAGGUAAUGAUGCGUUCGGGUACACCAAGGCUCCGAGAAGCAAUUAGCAGAGACUGGCACAUAGCCGCAAAUCAGCUGCAACUCUAAGUCUGUGGAUAGCUGCGGCUUGGUUAAACUUUAACCUGUGAUUACUCUGGCUAGACAACUCCGUUCCGAGCGUUUUUUACUCUGGUUGAACACCUUGAUCAGAGAUAUUAAUGGAUGUAAAAGGUUUGGGAUAACUGUAUGUGAACAUGUAUUUGUGUGAUUAGUAUUGUUAGGUGCCCUGGUGUCUGGUAUGUAAUGAAAUUAUCUGGUUCUAAGUCAGCUAAAUCACAGACUCCAGGGUGCCCGGGUUGUGCAAUACAUUGCUUUUCAUAAUGACCACUGUUGGGAUAAAUAGGUAACGUAAACCAAAAGAGUCUUUAGACUAAAGUUCCAAUACCUCAUGUAGUUCUUCUUCUGAAGAUUCUGAUGCUACUUCUCAUGAGGAUUUUGCAUUUCCCAAUUCAUUUUUACAUAAGCUUAUUAAGUUUCAUGGUGUAUGGAAGAUAAUCAAGACCUUAGCAAACGUAAGAAAAUUAAGUUCUUCUUGUUCCAACCUAAGCUUAAAUAUCUCGUGCUUAGAGAGUGGAGAUAUACUACCAAGAAGGCUUUUAUUACCAAACUUGUUAAAACUGUAUUUUCUAUUAAUGAAGAAGACCACAAGAAAUUGGACUCCUGAAAGUCAACAUAUCCAUUGCGCAGUUAGGCCACACUGCCUUUUGGAGACUAAAGCAGGAUGACAUGGACAAGAAAGCGAAAACUACUUUAAGAAAAAACAUUUCUAACCAUUGACAUCCAGUCAAAGUUUGCCAAAUAUCAGAAUGAUUUCUGAUUUUUUUUUUUUUUUUUUUUUGGCAGACUCUACUUCAGAAGCUCUUUGUGGGCCUAAUCCAUGGGACUUUCUACAGUAGCAAGAAGGGCAGUGUGGCUCAGAGAAUAGUCUGUGGGCUCUGCAUUCAAACAAUUCUUAUGUGAUGUGCCAUUUGAAUAGGGGAGACUGGUUACAAACUUGAUGAUCUUUUAAAACACAUGGUGGAAGGGAAAAAAGCACUUCCUGAAGAGAAAAAGAAGGAUCGUUGGAACAACGAUUGGCUAUUGAAAGCAGACUUGGCAACAAAACUUAAAGGACCACUAUAGUGCCCUGAGGGUGCCCCCAGCCUCAGGGUCCCCCUCCCGCCGGGCUGGAUGGAGAGGAAGGGGUUAAACUUACCUCUUUCUCCAGUGCCGGACGGAGAGCUCUCCGCCUCCUUUCCUCCUCUUCGGCUGAAUGCGCAUGCGCGGCAAGAGCUGCACGCGCAUUCAACCAGUCCAUAGUAAAGCAUUCAUAAUGCUUUCCUAUGGACGCUGGCGUCUUCUCACUGUGAAAAUCACAGUGAGAAGCGCGGAAGCCCUCUAGCGGCUUUGAUCACUGACAGCAGUGAUCACAAGACUGAUCACAGUACUUUACUGUGAUCAGAGUUUUUUUUUUUGUUUUUAACCCUCGGGGGUUAAAUAUAUUUAUUUUUACUAUUAUUUUCAGUUAAUUAGUUAGCUGGGGUGGAUUGAAGCUAGGGGGGAUUGGGGAAUCUAGCAUUAGUGUAGCUAGGAAGCUGAAAAGUUUUUAGAAAGUUAUUAAAAGUUUUAGAACGUUAUUAAAAGUUUAUAAAAGUAUAAAAAAAGAGAAAAAAAGUAGUUUAUUUUAAGUCAAAGCAUUUCUGCUUUGAUAGGUGUAAGCACUGUGUUUAGUGGUGAUCUGAUUUCUGUUUUUACCCACAGGGGUUCAUUUUUUUUAAAGUUUUUAGAAGUUUUAGAAAGUUUUUAAGAGUUUUAAAAAAGUGAAAAAAGUAUUAAAAAAAGUUCAGAAAAAAGAAAAAACUUUAGUUAAAAUUAAUUUUAAGUGUUCACCAUGCUUAGAAGGUUUAGUGCCGAGGAGGCAUAUAAUAUAUUAGCAGCUGACUCAGAGGCAACCGACACUGCCUCAGAGAGUGCAGAGGGUGACUGUGCCAGACACUGAUGAAGAAAGUGACGAUACUCCUGGCGCCGUUAUCUGGGUGCUCCCUAACAAUUUUGUCCCCGACAUCCGUCUGUUCACUGCGACUCCUGGUAUUCAGGGAGUCGUGACCAGCUAUAAUUCCCAGGAUUUUAUGGAGCUGUUCCUUGGGGAUGAUUUUUUUAGGGCAGAUAGUUACACAGACAAAUAUUUAUGCAACGCAGUAUCUGGCACAAAAUGCAGCAAGUCACUUUGCCACAAAAGGGAGCUGGUACCCCACCAGUGUGUCAGAAUUAAAACUGUUCUGGGCAUUAACCAUGCUAAUGGGAAUUAUAAAAAAGCCCAGCAUCCAAAUGUACUGGUCCAUUUUCUCUCAGACCAUGAGUAGGCCCAGAUAUGAAUCAGUACUGCGUUUUCUGCACUUCAAUGAUAAUUCGAAGUGCCACCCCAAAGAUAAUCUGCAGUAUGACAAACUUUAUAAAAUCCGCCCCUAAUUAACCAUUUUAAUAAAGAAUUUGGCAUAAUUUAUACUCCCCAAAAGAAUAUAUGUAUUGACGAGUCCCUAAUGAAAUACAAGGGUAGACUGGGGUUCAAGCAAUACAUCCCAUCCAAAAGAUCCCGGUAUGGCAUCAAGCUAUACAAGUUAUGUGAAAGUAGCAGUGGGCAUGUUUAUACCUUCAGAGUAUAUGAAGGUAAAGAUAGCCACCGGGAUCCCCCAGGUUGCCCUGAUGUAGUUGGGACUAGCGGAAAAAUAGUUUGGGAUCUAAUGAACCCGCUUCUGAACAAGGGGUGCCACCUCUACCUUGAUAAUUAUUACAAUAGCAUACCCCUCCAAAAAAUGCUAUAUUGUUUUGAGACUGUGGUCUGCGACACUAUCCGCAAGACACGUACUGGCUUCCCCAAGGCUCUGGCAGAGAAAAAAAUUAAAAAGGGGGAAACUGCUGCUCUCUGCCAGGACGAACUGCUGGCUCUGAAAUACAGAGACAAAAAGGAGGUGUUCAUACUGACUACCAUGCACAGUCAACACACUCGCAGGGUCGCAGUCAAUGGCAGACAGGAAACAAGACGGUUGCCUGUCUGCAUUAAGCAAUACAAUUAACACAUGGGGGGGAGUUGACCUGUCUGAUCAACAGCUGCAGCCAUAUCAGAUAAUGAGAAAGACCAGGGCCUGGUAUAAGAAAGUACGCAUUUAUUUAAUGCAAAUGGCUACUCCCAAUGCAUUCAUCCUUUUCAAAAAUCCUCAGCUGAAAUGAACUUUUCUUUCUAAUUUCUGUGCUUCUCACUGAGUGCCACAGUGGGGAGCCAUCAGCAGGGCCUAGCAGCAGAGAUAUUCAGACAGGUCACUUCUGCUUUCGGAUACCACCAACCCCCCCAAAAAAGACCCCCCAGAAAAGGUGCAGGCUGUGUUACCAGAGAGGCAUUGGAAUGGAGACCAGUUUCUACUGCCCUGAUUGUCCCACUCAGCCUGGCCUGUAUUGGGAACUGUUUUAAAUUAUUUCAUACUCAGGGCCAAUAAAUUCUCAAUACAAUGAAUAUUCUUGUUGUAGUUCUUCUGUUAUUUAACCACUGACAGAUAGAUAUAUAUAUAUAUAUAUAUAUAUAUAAUUGCAAAAAAUAUAUUUUUUAAAUAUAAUGGUAAAUGGUGAAUAUAUAUAUAUUGGGGUGGAUGAUAGUUCCUGGGAAAUUGGGGUGUUUAGUGCGUAUGCUAGGGGUAAAAAUACAAAUAAAAAAAAUCCACAAAAAAAUAAAAUAACAUUAUUAUAACAUUGUUUUGUUAAAAUUCUUGUGUAAAAUGUUCAAAAUGCUUAGGAAGUACAGUUAGAGAAUUAUGACAGCGGAUUCAGAGGUGACACACAAAGCUUGAAACAAACAGAGUCUCAAAUUUGCCCCUUCAACAUGCACAUAUACCUGGGAAAGUUAUACACGGGGGUAUUGCUGUACUCAGACGACAUAGCUGAGUGACAUAUGAAGAAUUAUACUGCCGUAGCACACCUAAGGAUUGUAAACUAUGCAGUAAAAUCUCAAAGUGUGUGUCAAAAAGGCAGAGAAAAUGCUUACUACUACUGGACUUGGUACUCACUAGCGAAAAAAUGAUCCCACCCUAAGGUUCAAAAUGGGCCUUUUGAAAUACCCUGGGGUGUCUUGUUUAAAAAAUGGUAGGCCUUUGUUGGGGAAGUUUGAAUAAGCAACCUGCUAUUAGACCCCAAAAUGAGUCACAAACCUAUUAAAUUCUGUAAAAACUGAAAUGGUCAGGUCCCCUAUAUGGCAGUGUAGCUUCAGGAAAUACGGCCAAAGGCAUACAUUGGGGGUAUCGUUUUACUCACAGGAGAGAGCUCAGCAUAAUUUGGGUUGUUUGAUCAUAUUGGAACAUAUCAAAUAUACAAAAUGCCCAGCACAAUUGUAACGCACAAGUUAAAAAUGUGAAAAAUAUUUUUUUACCACUAAUUUUGACAUAUAAUGGUGAAAAAAUGGCGACAUGUUAAGGCACAAUAUAUGCCAUAUAAGAUACCCUGAAGUGUCUACUUUCACAAAUGGUAGGCCUUUUUGCGGUUAUUGAAACAGUCAAACUGCUAUAAUGGCCCAAAUUGAAUCAUAAGCCCUGCAAAUCCGUCUCUCAAAAUUCUACUCUAAAAACUGAAAUGGUCAGGUCUCCUUUAUGGCACUGUAGCAUCACAAAAUAGUGUCAAAGACCUACAUUGGGGGUAUUGUUUUACUCAGAAGACUUAGCUGAGCAUAAUUAGGGGUGUUUGAUCAUAGUGGAACAUAUCAAAUAUACAAAAUGCCCAGCACAAAUGUAAUGCUUAAGUAAAAAGUGCAAAAAAUAUUUUAACACAAAUUUUGACAUAUAAUGGUGAAUAAAUGGUGACCCGUUAAGGCAAAAUAUAUGCCAUAUGAGAUACCAUGGAGUGUCUACUUUCACAAAUAGAAGGCCUUUGUGUGGUCAUUUGAACAACCAAACUACUAUAAUGCCCCAAAAUAAGACAUAGGUCUAUUAAAUCCAUCUUUGAAUUUUCUAACUGUAGAAACUGAAAUAGUCUGGCCUCUUAUAUGUCAUUGUAGCUUCCCAAAAUAGUGCCAAAUGCAUACAAUGGGGGUAUUGUUGUACUCAGCUGAUGUAGCUGAACACAAAAUGGGAUUUUGACCAGGAUUAGCACACAGCAGCUUUACAAAAUACACAUUUAAAAAACCUUGUUAUAUGUGUGUAUUUCAAAAAACUGAAAAAACACAAUUUUACUACAAUAUGUAGCAGUGAUUGGUGGGAAAAUGGCUAUGUAAAAAGUGUCAAAAUACCUUAAAUAAAUAGCCUGUGAUGUCUUCUUUAUAUAAAUACUUUUGUUUUCUGUGACGGCUGUUAAACUUACAAGUCAAACAUACGAACUUCUAAAUUUAUUUCACUUUUUUUUUUAUAUUACUCCUUGUAUUUUGUGACCUGUAACUUUUAAAAUAAGCUGAAAUCCUUUACAUAUUAUGCACUUUGAAAAACAAGACACCUAAAUGAAUUUAUUUUGAAUUACUUUUCCUAAGGUGGACAUAUUAUGCACACACUAUUAUUGCCAAAACUGUAAAAAAAAAUUUUUUUUCAUUUUUUUUUUUUAAUAAUAAAUUAGAUUUUAUAUAUGUAUAAGUCACAUCAAAGUAAAGCCCAUCUUGUCCUUUAAAAAACGAUAUAUAAUAUGUGUUGAUUCAAUAAAUGAGAGCGAUGCUAAUUGCAGUUGAACACAAACAGCAAAAAAUGCAAAAAUAGCUUGAGUCCUUAAGGGUAUGUCCAGCUUCUGAAGCUGCAUCCUUAAGGGGUUAAUCCCUAGGGUCAUAGAUCUUGUUUAAAGCUAAGAAAUUGUUUUUACAACUAGGGUUUGCAGAAGGCUCACAUCCAGCUUCUCUUUACAACAUUAAUCAAGAAAUAGUCUGGCCUUCCUUUUGACAAAUUACACAAAAUAAAAAAAGAAAAUAAAUUCCACUGUUUGGACAAUAAAGGGAAACUAUAGUGCCAGGAAAACAAACUAGUUUUCCUGGCACUAUAGCUUCCCCCUCUUUCAAGGUCCCCCACCCACCUCCAUGGUGCAGAAAGGGUUAAACCUACUGUCACUUACCUUGGUCCAGAGCCGAUGUCCCUCAGUGCUGGCUCAGCUCUUCCCCCAAUGGCCGCGCUCGCAUUAAAGGGACACUCCAGUGCCAUUUGCUGAAGGGGUGAAGCACCCUUCAGUCACUUACCGGAGACCCCCGCCGACGUCCCUCGGUGGUGUUUUCGGGUCGCCGCCGCUGCUCAUCCUCUUUCUUACGUCAGCCGGUAGGCGAGACUGAUCCCGCCCGCCAACUGAGGAGACCUAAUGCGCAUGCACGGCAAUGCCGCGCACGCACAUUAGAUCUCUCCAUAGAAAAGCAUUUCCUAUGGGAAAUUAAGUGACGCUGGAGGUCCUCACACAGCGUGAGGACGUCCAGCGACGCUCUAGAACACAGGUUUUCUGUGCUUUGAAUCAGGAAGUGCCCUCUAGUGGCUAUGAAGCAGGAAGUGCCCUCUGGUAGACAGCCCUCUAGUAGACAGCCACUAGAGGAGGAGUUAACCCUGCAAGGUAAUUAUUGCAGUUUAUAAAAACUGCAAUAAUUAUAAAAACUGCAAUAUUUACACUUGCAGGGUUAAGGGUGGUGGGAGUUGGCACCCAGACCACUCCAAUGGGCAGAAGUGGUCUGGGUUCCUGGAGUGUCCCUUUAAGAAUUCACCAUAGGAAAGCAUUAUCAAAGAACUAGAAAAUUCAGAACAUUUAUUUGUUCACAAGAAAGGCUUGAUAGCCUCCAAAAGAUCAUUGGCCAGAUGGACAAAAUAAGCUAUAUAUUUGGCUUGCAAAUCAUCCGGCUUAUCACCUCUACUUUAUAUUAAAGCUCAUUCCACGAGAGUAUCAGCCACAUGGUCUUUUAUGCACACAUUUGCUUAACAUAACAGGUUAGAUAUACAGUCAUCUGAUUCUGAGGACAUGUUUUUUGGGCACAAGGUUGCCCAAAAGCAAAGUUUCACAACUGCUUGCUUGUUAAUCCCUAGUGAUGCACUGCCUCAAAUCUGAGGGGCAAAGACAACAUUUUUACUUACAUAUUAUUUUUCUUCACUUUCUUAAGAAUAGAGGCAGUGCACUUCUAUUUCCAUCCCAUAUUUGAAUAAAUUUUAUUUUUGCAUCAAUUUGGCUUGCGUACGUUCUGGGGCAUUUGGGGGUCUUUCAUGGCGAAUAGGUAUAGGAUAAGUGGGGGGGGAGCGUAAUCUUUUAAAGUUCUUUUUUAUACAGGCCUGUCUAUUCUGCAAGUGAAGAUGAUAUUCCUUGUGUUGCACUGCCUCUAAUCUCAAGGAAAAAUAAAUUUAUAGUAAGUAAAAGAUUUUGUCUUUCUCUUGAUCCUCUGGAAUGUACACAGUAAGGGGGCACUUAACAAAAGGAGCAGAGCCUCUUCUGCAAGCCUGUCGGUGACACAGUGCUACUUUUGAUACUCAAAGGGAUUAGAUUGUUCCUUUUUGCCGACCGAUCCCUCUUUAACCUGCCUUCUGUGUUCACGCAGGUACUUAAACCACUUGAUGUAAAGACCAAAUUCUACAAUGCAGAGGUGAGUUUUUAAAGCUAAUGACAAGAUUCAUAUACUUAAUCAUUGUCUCUUUGCUGAUGAAGAUCCCCUGGGUUUUAGAAAAUAAGCAUCUGUGUGUAUACAAGGGGAUAAAUAUUAUAUAUAAUAUGAUGUUUGUCAUUUAUUGGAUGUUUAUAUUCUUACUAGAUUAUAUAUUAAAAUAAUAUAUGCAUGGUUAUUCACUAAUCUAAGAAUUGUAGAGAAUUAUUAUAGGAAUUACACAAAAAAAGCUGGGGGGGAAAAAAGCUCAAUUGGAGAGUUCUUCAUGUUGGCUAUUUUGACAUAAAUUUUGUAAUUCUUUGUUUAGUGAAUAAGGGGAAGUGCAUUUUAGUAAAUCCCACAACAUGUGUACAUUGAGAUCAAAUUUUUCUAUGUGUGUAAUUGUUACACAUAGCGUACUCCCAUUCCUGGUCCCAUGCAUUGGGUGGCAUUCUCAUUGCAUUAUGCAGCAUUAUUGCUAGAUAGUUUGAUAUUAUCCAGGACUACUACCCAGGGCCAGUAUUGUCCAGUUUUUUCACAUUUGUGCAGUAUGCAGACCAUUAAAUGUCCAUAUAUUCAUUAGUAAGUGAUAACAAAGUUCUUAAACUGAGUCUAUCGCCAUGGAAAUCAGUGGAGUGUUCCUGCUGUUUGUUCCACAUUUAGAGCUUUGCCACAGAAUUUCUCAUUUAUAAAUACUUCACUUUCUAUCAGUUCAUUCAAACAUGGACAAAGCGGGGAAAAAGGCAUAAGGAGGUUUAUUUCUGCGACAUAACUGGAACGUGAGCUGUCAGUUUGAUUUCUCAGCCUUAAACUCGAGUAGCUUUCAUAGGUGUGUAGCAGUUGCCAUAACGCUGUAUUCCACUUGGAUGUGCCAUCAUCCUCUGCAGGACAACCCACAGGCAGUAUUUUCACUGUGUUUCAAUGUAUACACACUUCACAUUUAAAACUUUUCUACUUGUAAACAUGGAAGAUUCCAAAUAUGAUGUGGGAUUAAAAUGAGUUCUGACUCUGUUACCCGUUUAGAACUAAAUCCUAUACACCCAUCUGACCGUAACGAUCACCAUCUUCCCUAUGUAUACCUGGCAUAGAAUGUCAAUGAUAAGAACGUGCAUGCCUUUCUCAUUGCUGGGUAAUCUCCAACGUGGGUCUAUGUAACAAGGCAGAACUCUUUGGUUAUCAAGGAGGGCUGAUACUAAUUGGUUGCUAUGGUGAUACGGGUCCAGGCAAAUCUGGGCUCAGUGCAUUAUGGGAAAAUAUACUUUGUCUAACCAUUAUUGCUCACAGUGUGUCUUGUCUUGUUAAGUGUAAUUAUAUUUUGUUAUUGCAGUACCUUUACUAAUGACGUGGUUAUAAAGUAAUGUGUGUGUGUGUGAUACGUUUCUAGUUUUGUAAUCCCUUUUGGGGUUUUUUUUUUACAUUUUAUUUUUUUCUCCUUCACUUUUAACCCUUAUUUCUCUAAUUUUCUUUAUUUUUUUCCCCCCCAUUAGAGUGACCUCAGUUCUGUGGUAAUUUUUAUUAUUUAAUUCUAAAACAAUGCACUUUUUAUGUUUAAUUGUCUUCGUGCCUGUUUAAUAAAUUAAUCUCAUUUGAAAAUGGAAGCUUAAUAGAGAAGCAAGAUCACCAAAAAAAUAUAUUUUUUCCUCAAUAUAAGGGACAUUUUUAAAUAAUCACACCAAUAAGCAUCACAAUAACAUAAAUGUUGUACAGUCGGGCAGAAAAGAAGAAAAUGACACUACAUAAUGAAAGAUUGGAUGGCAUGUAGUUAGAAAUAAGUGUAGUAAUAAACAUUUUUGCUGAUAUUUUAUUUGCCCUUCUAAGAAAGAUCAGAAAUUGCACUGUCAAAAGUACAAGCAAAAGUUCUCCAUUAUUGGAACGGUAGUCCUAUAAUUUUUUUUUAAUUUUUUUUAAAUUUUUUUUUAUUUUUUUUUCAUUUUUUGUAAAGGGUUUUUUUUGGUUGGUGCAUUCAUAAUUGUGUUUAUGAAGACAAAGUUAAAUCUAUAUUUGAUUUUUCUGGUUUUGUUCAUGGUACUUCAGUAGGAGGCAAAUAAUAUGCUGCAGAUUUCCCUGCAUCUCAUAACUUCACACACAAUUCUGCCUAACAGUCUGUUUUAGAUUAAAGGAACACUCUACUAAAAAUUGUAUUUUCUAUCCCCAUUAUCAAGAGCCCUGUAUAAUUACUAAUUAUGUAAUCGAGGGAUUACAGGCAAUACGUUCAUACAGUGUAGGAUUAGAUAUACCAUAUAGAUAGAUUUAUUUUUCCCUUAAACUGUGCCGACACAUUUGUGGAUAUUUAAUCAAGAAGGAGCCUGUGUUUUAUUUGCAGUUCCAAAUAAAUCUCCAUUUGUGACAUACAUUUUCAGGAGCUGGUCACAUCUCCGAUAUUUUAUUGCUGAUCUUGCUUGGCUAUUUUUUUUAUUUUUUUUACUGCUUAUUUUUUAACUUCACUUUCUUAAGCUCCACUAAACCUCUGGCUUUUUUGCUGAGAUUUGCUUCAUUGAUAUUUUACCUGUAUGCAGAAUUUGGUGAAACUGUACUUAAAGCAAUGGAUUGUGGGAUAGGAGGCGCAUUGGAUUAAUGUUUUCGUGAAAAUUGAUCCAUCCAAACAAGAGUUAAUUGGUGGCAUAAAAUGUGCAACCUUACUUAUUGAACUCCUUGUGUGAGUGACUGUUUCCUGCCUAAGGAAACAGACUUCAGCCCUUGCAGUUCGAGAGUAUCUAUAAAAUCCAGAGUGAUCACUAGCACAUGCUGCCUCUUUCAAUAGCAUUAUGCCAAGGCGCAUAUAAAAGAAGUCAAGCUUUUUGGGACUUUAACAAUAGCAGCACAUGUUGCCCUAAAUAAACCUAAAAUGGAGGUCCAUACGUAUUUAGAGUGGAACUAUUUUGUAAAAAAUUUUUGCAUUUGAAAUCCGUUAAGAGGAUAGAAUGUCCAGUUUUAUUUGAGUAUUUUUAUCAGUAAACUAACUUUUGAACUGGCUGAUUGGCUUUUAAUUUGUCAUGUGUGUUAUUGCAUCAUUGGUUGCUGCAUUACAGCUAACAAAAUUAGCAUUAAUCUUGUUAUAGGCAUGAGAUUUACAUUGGGAAUCUGAUGCUUUAUCUCUCUCAACGUGAGAAGCAAAUCUGUAUCACUGCUAAUAAAGCCGGUCAUGAGGUUAAAAACUAAAAGCAAAAUAAAUCCAACAGGGACACAGCUAAAACCUGUUCUCUAAAAAUACACUGAACUUAGCAAUUGAAUAUGAUCUAAUAAGCCACUGUAUAUGUCUAUAACAGACAAAGAAGGAUGCUUGUAAAUGUGAACACACCCUUCUCUAAUGUCAAACAGGACUCUUUUCAGGAUAUAGGCGUGGAAGUGUCAAGAAAGUGAUAGAGCACUACAGCAGUAUAACCUCAGACUGGGUAAUUUAUUAAAGGGACACUCCUGGCACCCAGACCACUUCUGCCCAUUGGAGUGGUCUGGGUGCCAACUCCCAUCACCCAUAAUCCUGCAAGUGUAAUUACUGCAGUUUUUUAUAAACUGCAAUAAUUACCUUGCAGGGUUAAAUCCUCUUCUAGUGGCUGUCUACGAAAAGUGUUUUAAACGACGCCAGACGUCCUCGCGCUCUGCAUGAGGACCUCCAGCACACGCCGUUGCCGCGCAUGCCAGUUGGCGUGGGAAGAGCCUUUACCAGCACCAAGGGACAUCGGCGCUGGAUUCACGGAAGUCACUGACGGGGGUUUAACCCCUUCAGCAACAUGGGAUGGGGGGGGUGGGAGGAGGUCCUGCAGUGCCAGGAAAACUGAUUUGUUUUCCUGGCACCGGAGAGUCUCUUCAACAGGAGAUUUGUUGAGAAAAGUCAGUUUAAAAUGUAAAGCCAAAAUAGCCAAACUGGAAGCAGCAGGCUGACUUGGAGAAUUGUUCUAGUUCAGCUAUUUUGGCCUUGAGUUUAAAAUUCACCUCGAAAAACACAUUUGUCACUAGAGUGAAUAACCCUGAGAGCGUUGGCAGAGCAAAGAUACAGUUCUGUUUUUGUUUUUUGAGUAAAACUUGAAGAGUUCUGCAACAAAGCAUGAGGAGGAGUAUGAGAGAGAAAAAGUAUGCAACCGUAGUUCUAUGGCUUGGGCAAGUAUAGCUGCCACUGGAACUGUCACACUGGUAUUUAUGGAUAGUGUGACUGGCAUCAAUGGGAUGAAUACUGAACAAUACAGAAGAUUGGGGAGACUAAUCAAAGUGUUCAGAAAAAUAUUCUGCCUCUACGCCUACAUAAAAGUGGAAUGAGAACACAGGGUAAUAGAGUUCUGUCUUAUACCUUUGCCAAAAAAAAAAUAUCAACUACAAAAUACAUUGAUACGUGUUAUACAAACCUGUAUUGAAAAAGAGCAAGCUGGUAAUUUAUGCCAGAAAAAAUUGCGGAGGAAAUCUUCUCCAUUGUGUCGACCAGAUCCAAGCAAAUGCCUCAAAUCACAUUGCAACAGGACACUUAUAAAGCAGCUAGGGAGGUUUUUUGUGGCUGCAACAUGAAAUCUGCCAAGUUUAUAAAAUAACUUUUUAUAAGAAUCCAACUGAUCAUGCAUUUCAUUUGCUAGAGACAUGACUGAAGCUGACACCAAAGGUGGCUACAUUCUGAGCCUGAUAUAACAUGACCCGUAAAUAGCAUAUGAUGAUGAGUACAUUUGAGUUUUACACUUAAAUUAAUCACCUUUAGUUCCCUAAAACUGACACAGAUUAAAAGCCAUUAUUCCUGGUAAAUGUCCUUAAAGGGGUUAGUAUUCAUUUUAUGCUGUUAAUGGUUAUUUUAUUUCCAAUCCAACAUGUUGGGGUGCUGAUCCCAAACUACAAAACCCGUAUUUUUGUUCAAAAACUUGUGAGUUGCACUAUAUACCUUUUUAAAAAGUGUACAUUUCUAUUAAUAUCUGCACUAUUUCCAAAAUUAAAAAGAGGACACAGCCUUCAGACAUAAAGCUUUUCAGCAAGCGAAAGUGCUUUAGGGGUCUGGAGUGUCCCUUUAAUUGGCUGGCUAUUGCAGGGUGGAGGAGAGAGAGUUAGUAAAAUCUUUUUGAUGUACUUUGCCCUGAAGUGUUUAAUCGCAAUUUUGAUUUUUCACAAGCAUAAUUGGGUACAUUUAUUUUAAUUAUUGGUGAAGGUCGAACCUUUUUCUUCUCCAGCUGCGAGGACAUCUACUGAUAGCAGCAGAUGUAUCAUAAAAUGGGCUCAGAUUAACAACUUGAGCAUGGGAUUGGCUAUAGUACCUGAUGAAGCCAUUGUCUGCCACUUAACCAUCCAAGUCCAGUCAAUUCACUGUCCCAUUAUCCCUUAUCUGAUUGCAUGUCAGUAUUAUAAAAAAAAACAAAAAAAAAACUCCAAUGUGCCACAGGGUAGAAUUCAGAAGCUGGAAUAGAUAAUCUGUUUGGAGGAUUGUCCUUCAAGAGCAAUCUUUAUAGUGCACCAACUAGGAAAAAACUGAUCACAAGAAGCCAAGUGGAUGAUGAUGUUAAUGAACUGACUGCUAGUGAUGUCGCGAACCGUUCGCGAACUCCGGUCAGCUGACACAUCCCUGCCAAUCUCCGGCAGACCCUCCUACUUCAACAUGGAUGCUGUCCAGGAGGUGGGAGGAUCUGGGAGGGAGGGUCUGCCGGAGAUUGGCAGGGAUGUGUCAGCUGACCGGAGUUCGCGGCGAACCGCGGCGAACGGUUUGCAACAUCACUACUGACUGCUUGUCUGUUUUGUGUCUGUGUAAUCAGAAUAGCCUUCAAUAAAAUAUUCUACAUAGGGCUUUUAGAUUGAUUCCCUAGAUACCUGUAUGCUUCACUGCCAUGAAACAGUGGAAGUUACCAGGUAGGGAAAUUUCACUCCAAGAUAACUUGUCAAUGAAUAAUACCAGUUUCAACAAGCAUGGCAAAUAAUGAGCUCUUCAUACAGCAGUGAAAGUUUAAAAAUGUAUCAUUACACAGUCAGUCUAGCCUUUAAAAUAUCCAGUAUUGGAAUGGGUAGCCAGACUUUUGAGCCACAUGGCAAUACACAUAAAAAGGGGAGACCAUGCAGUGUAGACCCAAUGAUCUAUCAAAAGUCUCAAUUUGGAAACUGGGUUUUGAACAAGGUGGUCUGGCUUAUCACACUUUGAAUAGAUUGUCGACAGAUUAGCUUCAUGGCUACCAGAUGAAAUUCACAGCUCAGAAAGUUCAUCAUAUCACUAAAAGACAAACCAGGAAUUCUGCAGACCUAGUCAGCUUUCUGCAAUAACUAGCUGUCAUACAUUUGUCCUGCUCCCAAGAGAAAUGUCAGGCUGGCAGUGCUCUUGGCACCUGAAUCUGUACCUUUAACCACGAAAGGUUUGGUUACCAGGUCUAUUCACUUUGUUCCAAGCACAGCACUAGGUACUGCUACAAGUUUUAGAUUUGCUGAUCUCACAAGGAAUACUGUUUAAAAGAUUCUAGACCGCAUAAGGCUUUCCUGCUGGCGGUUCCAUUUCAUUUUGGGAGAAAUUGAGAUUUUGGUGUUUAAACCUGUAAGCAAGUUUUUAUUUCGAUAAGUAAUUACAUAUAUUACCCGUGAGAACAUUUGGCUUACUACCCAGGGAUACACAGAUUUCUACAUGGAAUGGACAACUGAAAUCCUCAGAUUGUUGGCCUGCUCCUGCAUGCAGCUAACAUUUACAAUGAUACAGGCAUGGGCUCUUUAUGAACCAGCCAUGAAAUAAUAUCCAAAAUCUCUAGUAGCUCAUUCUACAAGAGGUAAGGCAACUUCAUGGGAAUAUGCUAUGCUAGAACAGAUUUGCAAGGCCACCACAUGGACAUGUAACUUCACUAAAGGGUUACUAUAAGGGUCAGGAAUACAAAGCAUGUAUUCCUGGCAUGAUAGCUCCCUCUGCCCCCCACCAAUGUAAAAAAAAAAAAAGGAAUAAAAACCCUUAAUAUACUUGCCUUACCCCAGCGCUGAUGACCCUUGGCACUGGGUCGCGGCUCUGCCUCCUCCGACGUCCUGCGAUCGCGCGCACUAGACCUCCCAAUAGGAAAGCAUUGAAUCAAUGCUUUCCUAUGAGGAAAAAAUCCGACGCUGGAUUUCCUCAUGCAGAGCGAGAGGACAUCAAACGUCUGUUACCGGAACAAAGGUCCAUUAGGAUCCAGGAAGCGCCUCCAGUCGCUAUCUGGUAGACGGCCACUGGAGGCAGACUUAGAGUUGCAAUGUAAACAUUGCAGCUUUACUGGACCUGCAAUGUUUAACAAUAAGGGCACUGCAUCCAGACCACUUCAAUAAGCUCAAGUGGUUUGGGUGCCUAUAGUGUCCCUUUAAGCACUGCUGCUUCACUGUUUUUUGGGGGUGGGGGGCUGUUAUUUUGUUCAAUUUCAUCCUGCAUAUGUAGAAGUUAACCGGAAAAUACUCCAGGCAAUUGUUAACGUUUGACCAACCAUUAAUUGCAUGUUUGUAGGGCUUAAUUACUGUAGAGGCGAAUGUCCUACAAUUCUUAGAGCUUCAGUAUAUAAAGAAUUCAUGUGUGAGGAACUGGGGUAUAUUAUUUCUAACUAAUCUGUCACUGAGUGAUACAAUUCUCUUGGUGAUCAUCCAUUUCAAGCUAAAGCUGAGUUUUUCCAUUUAGUGUUUGUUGUGUUUAAGUGCAAUAAAGUAAUUCCUUUUUAAUAAAAUCGAACAAUCUAAAUAUGCAUGUACAGCCAAGUGUCUAGAGACAGCUAAUAUUUGGUUUUAUUGUACAUUUUGCAGGCAGUUAAAUAUGCAUUCUACGAGCGGUAUGAUCAAAUGCACUAGUGUUAUUCCUAUCCCGCAUCCAUUGCUUGCUUAUAUAUACCAUUUGACUAACUUUGCUCCUGAUUCUUAAGUUUGGGAUGCAGAUUGGACCCGCCCAUUAAUCUGGUGACUUUUGAUUUCCAGGCAUGAUACUAAUCAUCCUUAUUCGAAAAGCAUUGUGUCCACCUGUCUUAACUUCACACUUUCAGUCAUUAACUUGUUAUGUUGUUUCUGCAGACAGAUGAAGUUUUUCUGGAAGCCCAGAUCCAGAAUAUAACAACAUCCCCAAUGUUUAUGGAGAAGGUUUCCUUGGAGCCAUCCAUGAUGUACAAUGUGUCUGAACUUAACACCGUGUAUAAGGAUAGUGAUCGGUAAGGACAUUUAAUAUACAUUGUAAAGCCUUGCCUGUAAUUUACCUAACACAUACCAGAACCAGCAAUCCGAUCUGCUAAUAUUAUUAUUGGUAUUUAUAUAGCGCCAGCUUAUUCUGCAGCGCUUUACAAUAAAAGGAGAAUAGAAUACAAUACUAGAGAGCUACUUAGUGGCUCCUUUUGAUGUAAACAUACCAAUAAAGCAUAUAGACUUUAGUAACCUGGUUAUAGUAUUUUAGAACAGUGAUAGUCAUAGCAAUUAAGGUGGAACACAUAGGUAGUAUGUUGUUCCUAAAUAGAUAAAUCAGAAAUAUUCAUGGCUUCUAUAUUAUUUUUAUAACUUCUGUAGGAAGUAGUGCACAAUUAAACAGAACUAAAAUAAAUUAAUUCAUUGAUUUGCUCAAGUACAAUUGUUUUGAGUUUGAAGAUAUCCACCCAUGAAAGGCAUUCGAUAGUGCAAUAAUGGCUCAUACAGGAGAAAGACAGAAAAAAGGAGGAAGCUCAAUUCACACACCAUUACAGGAAAGACUUAAUUAUAAAAGUGGGACAAUUCCUAGGGUAUUCAAACCUGUUAAGACCUUUUUAGUGGGUCUGUUGUAAUUUACCUGAAUAAAGAUUGUUGAGAGAGAGGAAGUUCCACAUCUUUAUCAGGGUACAGGAAGUCUGUUUGAACCAGUCACGGAAUGUAAGAUUUGCACAAUGUGUACCUUCUGUGUUACAGUCUCAUUGGGGACUUCUCCCUUAUCAUCCUCAUAUUUCCUAGAAAUAUCAGGAAGGUCCCAUGGCAUGAAGCCUGCUGCUAUUAAAAGGGAAGGAGUUAGAUUAGAAGGGGACUUUAAAGCUCAGGGGAACCAGAUUUUCUUUAUUUUUACAAAUGUGAUAUAUUCAGUACUAUGAAACAUGUUGACUCUCCUAAUGUGUGUCUUUUAGGUCAUCCACUUUUGGAACAAAAACCUAUUUGCAGCCUCUGGACACAAGACAGUAUUUAUACUGCCUAAAACCAAAACCAGAAUUUGCUGAGAAAGCCGGAAUCAUAAAAGGUGUUACCGUAAUUGGAAAGUUGGAUAUUGUGUGGAAAACCAACUUGGGUGAAAAAGGAAGACUUCAAACUAGUCAACUUCAAAGAAUGGUACUCUUAAACUAGGAGAAAUGUACCUUUUGUAGCAAGUGCACCACAUGAAUGCAGACCCAGAAGGGCUUGGUAAUGUUGUGGUCAAGAUAUAAGGCAUUACAUGUAGCACAAUUCAAAUGCUAUGCAUCCCUUGGUAUUAAAGUAAAAAAUAUUGAUAAAUGGGAGAAUCGGACUGCAAUACCCUAAAUAAAGAUUUCAUUUCAAACAUGCUUGGUAUUUAGCAUACAUUUAAUAUCUAGAAGCAUUGUAAUGUCUACUUGAACAGGGGUCCUUUUGAAUUGGUCACGCACAUGUUGAUAAACUGUGUAAAUAUUAAUUUGUUCCAAAUCCAGUUCAACAUGUGUUUCAUUGUCAUGUGUUUUUUAGGCUCCAGGCUAUGGGGAUGUGAGGCUUUCUAUAGAAACUAUUCCUGAUACGGUCAAUCUGGAGGAACCUUUUGAAAUAAUGUGUAAAAUCACAAACUGCAGGUAAAUUCAAUCAUUUGUCCGAGCUUUUUCCAUUUCAUUAGUCAGUGUAGCAAUUAUGAUUUUGAUGUGAAUUGACUUUUUACACAGAAUUGCUGAACCGUUGCUCAUAAGCAGCUUCCUCUGAAGCACGUGGAUCCUGGUCUGAUCCCAUAUGCUCUGUUCUCUUCUGUAGGCAUUUCCAAUGUCAGAGGCAUAAGCUAGUAAUCAUCACUCUAAUAAAAUGCCCUAUUGUGGAUUGGAAUUAGAAAAGUGUGUCUAUUGCUAUGUUAGUUUCAUUCCAUAUUUUGGUGUUUCCAGUACAGACUUACCUACUGGUUUAUAUCUACAUGUUUAUGAAUUCUGGGAAAGUACAGGAGAUGGAUAGAUAAUGGACCAUUAUCCACACUUGCAUUGAUUGGGAACAUGCUUCCAAUGUUGUAUGAUGUUAGGUCCAAGAGUGAACUCAAGUGGGUCCUUAUCCUUGUCAAUGAGAGAGACAAAAGGAGUUUUGCUUGGAAACCUUUAGAGGGCUUGAAUCACUGUUCCUUUCAUUACUGAAAUUGGGAUUUAACUUUGCUUGUAAAUAUUUAUACAUUUUGCCUUCUCUAGCUUUGCUUAAAAGUAACCACUUUUCAUAUGGUUUACCAGUGGUGGAUAAUUACAACUCCUAUCAGGUUUUCAAUGAUUUUGUUGACUGGUUGGUGUUUUCUAUUGUCAACCCUAAAAUUCCAGUUUGAGUGAGACUCGGCUCUACCCUUCCUUCAGUGCCCUUGUGUGCAUCAGCUUGUAUGUAGCCUUUCUUGCUCAUGUUUUCCUCUAAAAUAAGCCACUGCUACUCCAGUAGUGAUAGGUGUAUAUUCUUCUAUCUAGCAGUGAAAGAACCAUGGACUUGAUUUUGGAGAUGUGCAACACAAAUGCUAUUCACUGGUGUGGAGUUUCAGGAAGGCAGCUUGGAAAGCUGCACCCAAGCUCAUCCCUCCAUCUUACACUUACCCUACUUUCUUCAGUUCAGGGGCUGCAAGUAAGUUACAUACAUUUUUUUUCCUGCCUGCAUAUUAUUUAUCUUUUAGCUUUGCUCAUAAAAUGAACACAAGAUCACUGUAGUUUUUAAUGAUGCACAGCAAGCAGAUAGAUAUGGAGAUAAAAAACCCUCACACAUCAGUCAAGGAGCCCUUUACCAACAUUGACAUCCCUUCCACAUAUCUUAAUUUAAUCCAGUUUGCACGUAAAUAUUGAAUACCAGGCUACAUCCAUAUUCAAUAGAAACUUAUGGAGACAAGUCCCAGUAGAGGACACAACUUCAAUAUGAAAUUGUCAUUAUAAAGGUAUUAAAAGUCACAAUUAGAAUACAAAAAAUUGAGUAUGACAGAAACAAAACACAAAAUGAAAAGUGAACUUUUCAUUUCUACUCUUCUGUCGAUCUCAAGUUUUAAUUCUAAUAAAGCGAUUGAAAAAAAUAUAUAUGUGAUGUUACUAAUGGAAAUUUGUCCUUUAAUCGGGGCUCGUCUUCAUUAGUUUCUAUAGAUGUUUUAAAUGGGGAUUUACCCAAAACUACCCAUUCAACCUUGCUGUGCAUCAGAGCAAUUAAUUUCUUCCUUGAAUACGAAACCUUUGUUUAGCGUUUUAAAAUUCACAUUCUUAAAUUAUGCAUUAGCUCUCCGGUGUCAUUAUUAGACAACAUUUUGCAUUUCUCGUCUCAAAAUUUGGUAUUCAAGCAUUUCACAUUAAUUGUGCAAUUUCUGUUAAGUUAUUCUACAGAUCUUGGAGAUUCAUUUUGUGCAUAAGCACUACAGCAAAGUAUAGUAGUUUUGGUAAAAGUAGCUGUUGGCAUUAUUGUGAUUUUGUAUUUGUUGUUUUUUUUGUUUUGUCAAACCAUAUGCAGAAUCCAACCACUUCUCAGUAACAUUGACCUUUUAUACUACUAUAUAAUAAAUGUCACUCAUGUCCAAUAUUGACUGCACAAUGUAGGCUGGGGGGUGCUGGUCUAACCGGCUGCUUGCAAUAUCAAUCAUACCCCAGGUAAGUGCACACUGCCAUCCUCACUGCAGACCUAUUUGACACUGAGCAUUUGAAAAAUGGUCAACAAGCUAAUGCUCACAUACUUUGUCACAUUAAAACUAUUAAGGACCCCUGACUUAAAGGAAAAUUUAGAUCAUUUAUUAGCUGUAACAACCUACCUGACUCUUCUAGUCCAGAUAUACUGAGCCAUUGGGUCUUCCAAAUCAUUACCAUGCAAGGAGGAGGCAUCCGUUAAUGUUAUACCCAAGGAAGCAGCCCUACAAUUUAUUUACUAAACUUCAAGCUUAGCAACUUGAAAUACAAAUUACAAAAUAAUUUUUUUUCUUCAAAUUCGCUUUUGACUUAAAUGUUGCCAUUUGAAUCUCACAGUUUAGUGAAUAACCCUGUAGGAUUUAAUUCACUGAAGGGAGAAUUGUAAGGAAUCCAAAGGGAAAUUCAAAUUUAAGGCCAAUAGCCAAAUUGGAAAAAUUCUCCAAAUCAGCUGUGCUUCCAGUUUGGCUAUUUUGACUUUAAAUUUGAAACUCGGUCUUUGCUUCAGUUAAAUGUAAGUUACUCCAGUUAACCUGUUCUCCCCCCACCCCCAUUUCUCUCUUUUUAGAGUGUCUCUGGAUUAAGACUCACAGAUACCUUUCUGAAGAGAACGUAUGAAUAUGAUGACAUUGCCCAAGUAUGUGUUGUAUCCUCAAAAUUCCCAGCAGAAAGUUGAUUUGGAAAUUUGAAGAUCCCCUGACAACUAUGGACCAAAUUGUUAAAUAUUUUCUCUACGCACAAACCAGAGGAUGUGUAGGUCUGCAGAUAAUUUAAGCAUGUUUUAUGAUUUAAUAUGUUAGUCUGUGUACAUUAUUUUAAGACUGUUUUUAAUGCAUCAUAUGUAUUUUAUCUAUUUCAGAAUAAAGUGUAAAUAUGAAUUUAUUUGCGUGCUUUACCUAACACUCACUGAAGCUUUCUCUGCAUAUUUCCUUCCUUUUUUUUUUUUUUUGAUGAAACUCUGGGAAAGCAGAGGCUAUUUAACGAUUUUUACCUGAAUUAAAAGUGCACUCAAUUUUGGCGUUUAAAUAUUUUCAAUAAAUUAUGCACAGCUGCUUGUGAAUAAUAUGGUUUAUUAAAAUCAGGUAGCUCUUUCCUUCUCUCCAGAGGAUUUUUUUUUUGUUUACACUGUAUCAUUUUGAUUUUUACUUUUGUUUUUCUUGUUUGUUUAAUUUUGGCAGCUUACAGCUCUUGGAUUUCCUUUUUUAUCAGUAAUAAAAAUAUUUAUAUUUAGUGAAA